AUGCGUUCUAAUUUGCCGCGCAUUUUACGAAUGAACUUAGAAAAGAAAAGGGUUCACAAAGAUGACGACCCUGAAGACAUAUUUUCCCUGACAUCUUUGCUAUUAUUGUUUGUUUUUGCUGGUAGAGUUCAAUCUGCUGUAUUUGAUGUGAACAAUUACGGUGGUAAAGGCGAUGGCAAGUCAGAAAUUAGUAAGGCAUUAUUGGGCGCGUGGAAAGAGGCUUGUUCAGCAACGGGUUCCAACAGAGUCGUAGUACCCAAAGGGACAUAUUCCAUAGGUUUACCUGACUUAAAUGGUCCAUGCAAGGGAGCCAUGGAGCUUCAAGACGUAACAUCGCUCGAUAGUAAGAAUUUCCAUGUCAAUGUUCUAGGUGGCAAAAACCUUACUUUCGAUCGCUUCACAAUCACUGCACCAGGACACAGCAUCAAUAUAGAUGCAAUUCAUAUCGGGCAUUCAAACGGGAUCGACAUUACUAAUUCUGGAAUUUUCGUAAGGAAUUGCACCAUCUAUGACACCGACAAUGGAGAGAGAAUCAAGACAUGGUCGGCAUUACGUGGUGCCAUGGCCUCGGUUAUGCAUUUCGAGGAUAUUAUGAUGAAAAAUGUCCGCAACCCUAUCGUUAUAGAUCAAAUGCACUGCCCAUGGAAUCACUGA